GUCAUUUGAAAUAUGGGCCAUUAUCUUCUACUUAUUUUUAAUAUUUACUUUUUUUAUUUGAAAUAUGGGUUUUUUUUAUUUUCGUAAUUAAGGCAACGCGAAUCCUCUCUGCCCCUUGACUCGUCCAAACGAGGAACCGUAACUGCCACCCCUCAAUCCCCCCUCGCCUUCCCGCCCUUCGCGCUCAGACGCCAAACCCAAAAUUAACCCCAUCAGGUCAUUCCCAUUGAUUUCUCACCACGCCCUUGCAUCUCCAUCUUCUGCUCUGUUAUUUCUUCUUCCACCUGCCGCCCCCCAGCGGGCUUUAAACUGGCUGAGGGGAUGCGAUUGCCCUCCUUUUCAUCCUCCUGAUCCAUUUUCUCCCACCCACCUCUCCGGUGGAGCAACGAUUCAAGAAAGAAAGCAGAGCAAAGGAGAAGCCAUUGUUGAUCGUACCUUUUUCCUUGGGAAGUGGAUUGAAAGAUCGGGAGAUGAAGCUAUUUGUCGAGGCGCGGAGAUGCAGCAUUCUGGCGCCGAAGCGAGCCUGACACGCCUGUCCCACUUGCUCCGCAGGGUAAGCUCUUCUCUAUUGGCUUCCGCGUGAAUCACAACACAUUUGGGCCAGAUCUCAACACCAACAAUGGUUCGAUGAUUAGGUCAAGAGAAUAGACGGAGACAGAGAUAGGCUGAGCGAGCAGGGGACGGAUAGAGGGCGUGGAUCAUCGAAAUGAUGGGGACAGGAACUAAGAUGAAGGGUCUCCUCAAGGGCCUUCGCUACAUCUCCCAGAUCUUCGACGCCAAGGAAGAGGAGAUGCAGAUCGGCUACCCCACCGACGUAAAACACGUGGCGCACAUUGGUUGGGACGGCCCCUCCGUCGGCUCCCCCAGCUGGAUGAACGACUUCGGAUCCGCCCAGCAGCCCGCCAAUGAAGAUGACGCUGCUGCCGCGGCCGGGCAACCCAAGCAGCCCACCUCAGGCGGCGGAUCCUCCCGAGACUCGGCGCUGCCACGACCCUCGCGGCGAAUGGACUCCCCGGGACGCGACGGCUCGACCUCCAACCGGCACUCGCGCCGCAACAAGUCGUCCGGCGGAUCCGACAGCCCGUCGCGGGAGCCCGUCGAGGGGGGGUCCAAGCACGGGAGGAAGCACCGCAGCACCGCCGGCGUCGUGGGUGACGAGCAGCCGUCGCCCGACGUGCCUGCCGUCCCCAAGCAGCCGCACCGCCGCAAGACCAAGGGAUCUUCCUCGGCCAGCGGGGUGUCGACGAGGUCGUCGUCGAAGUUGAAGGCCGCGACCGCGUCGCAGUCGGAGUCCGGAGCUGAAGACGGGAAACCCAAUCCGCAAUCGUCCUCCCCACCCACGGUAGGAGAAGAGGAAGAGGAAGGAAAAGAAAAGGAAGGGCUUUGA